CGCAUCAGUGCUGGAGUGUGCCUGGUCGCCUGGUUUGGGUCUGGUGUGAGAGUGCGCACCAUUCCAUUUCACUCACAUUAACACCGACAAAGCCAACCUCCCAUUCCUCCACCAAUUCCCCAAUCUUUCCCUUCCUUUCGUUUUCCGUUUUCCGGCUCGACAACCUUCCUCCCGCAAACCGCGAAUUGCUGAGAGAGUCCAGCAGCAACUCUACUCUUGGCCGCCUACCUCGCGACAAUCACCUACCUAUCGUAUGGUCUUGACGACUUUCUAAUUAUCGAGCUGCACCCGUCUCUCCCUUUCGCACCAACCGAUCCGACGCUCCCCUUCCAAUCAAGUGCGGUUGAUUGAAGGCCUAAUUGCAAUUGCGUGGUAUACUGCCGGAAAAAAAAAAACCGUCGAUAAUAAUCCCCGAAUAACGAAACAGACACUCUCUAUCAUUGCUACGAGCUACAACAAGUCGCCAAAAUGGGUUGCGGAAUGAGUACAGAGGAGAAGGAGGGCAAGGCCCGGAACGAGGAGAUUGAGAACCAGCUCAAGAGGGAUCGCAUGCAACAACGCAAUGAGAUCAAGAUGCUUCUUCUGGGUGCUGGUGAAUCCGGAAAGUCGACCAUCUUGAAGCAGAUGAAGCUUAUCCACGAAGGAGGUUACUCGCGCGACGAGCGCGAGUCGUUCAAGGAAAUCAUCUUCAGCAACACUGUGCAGUCCAUGCGUGUCAUUCUCGAGGCCAUGGAGUCCCUAGAGUUGCCACUCGCCGAUCAGCGCGUCGAGUACCAUGUCCAGACCAUCUUCAUGCAGCCCGCUCAAAUAGAAGGUGACGUGCUGCCUCCUGAGGUUGGCAAUGCUAUCGAGGCCCUCUGGAGGGACGCUGGCGUCCAGAGCUGCUUUAAGAGGUCAAGGGAAUACCAAUUGAACGACUCGGCAAGAUACUACUUCGAUAACAUCGCUCGUAUCGCCGCGCCCGACUAUAUGCCCAACGACCAGGACGUUCUGCGAUCACGUGUCAAGACAACCGGUAUUACGGAAACGACCUUCAUUAUUGGCGAUCUUACGUACCGUAUGUUCGAUGUCGGUGGCCAGCGUAGCGAACGUAAGAAGUGGAUCCACUGCUUCGAGAACGUCACCACCAUUCUUUUCUUGGUCGCCAUUUCCGAGUACGAUCAGUUGCUUUUCGAAGAUGAAACCGUCAACCGUAUGCAGGAGGCCCUUACUCUGUUCGAUUCCAUCUGCAACUCCAGGUGGUUCAUCAAGACAUCCAUCAUUCUUUUCCUCAACAAGAUCGAUAGGUUUAAGGAGAAGUUGCCGGUCAGCCCGAUGAAGAACUACUUCCCCGAUUACGAGGGUGGUGAUGACUACGCUGCCGCUUGCGACUACAUUCUCAACCGCUUCGUCAGUUUGAACCAGCACGAGACCAAGCAGAUUUACACGCAUUUCACAUGCGCGACGGAUACCACACAAAUUCGUUUCGUCAUGGCUGCGGUCAAUGAUAUCAUUAUCCAGGAGAACCUGCGUCUCUGCGGUUUGAUUUGAGCACUGAACGCAAUCUUUCUAAUUUUUUCAUCAGUUAAUGGGGCUGUGAGGUCCGGACAAGCGGUUGAUACCGAUCAGAACUUCGAGUAUUGCCGCCCAGUCGCUGCCGCUGGCUCCAUGCCCACAGUUUCUGCCUCCAGAUUAUGAUCUAGUGGAGGUGGCGUGGGCUUUCGAGUGGAUAUGAGCUCUACAUACACCUCGGGGCGUCCCUGGAGAAAUUGCAUUUGAGAAGCAUCAUCAAGAGGGGGGCUAACUAUUUUGUUUAAUCAUGAUUCCCCAUCGACCUUGGAGUCUUUGCUCUCUAUCGGUGUUCUGUACGAUUUCUUUUUUUUCUAUCAUCUUUUCUAUCCCCUCUGAUCCGGGCGCUUUUCACCUUGCUCUUUCUCCUCAGGGACACCGCGGCUGCUACGGGAAGCAAAAGCCCCUCUCAACAAAAGAAAUGGAUGAUUUUGGCGUGCGUGCUUUUCUCAAUCUUACUCGGGUGUUUUUCCAUGAGUGGUGUGGGAGAAAGUAAUGGGAUCCAAGCCCAUGGGUUCUGGGGAGAGGAUGCUGGAAACAAAUAGGUCGCUACCGAUUGGAGGGAAGGUAGAGAAGGGAAAGGCGAAGAAAGAGCAGGGGUUACCAAAACCACGACGGACGAAGAGAUGAGCGACGCCCGUUUCGUUCCGCUAUUCUCCCCUCUGUGGCUGUAAGAGGGCAAAGAAAAACAGAGGGCGGGAAACGUUGCGGCGCGCGCGCGCGUGCAGCAAACGAUAUACCAAGACAAGCGAGGUCUCUUUUCCUUUUUUUUACUCUACUUCUUCUGUUUUUUCCAAGAAAGCUUAUUCGCGUGAUGUGUUAUCUUUGUUUUUGCAGGCGGCGUGGGAGAGGGGAGCAAUGGCGGUCCCGGUUUCCUAUGGGCAACGCAACGGUUGGAUUUGUCUUGUCUGUCUAUACCAUACCAAUACCGAUAUUGAAACGCGAUUAACUUGAAAACAAAAUACGAUUUCAUAAUCUAUUGAUAACCGUG